AUGAGUGAGCUUGGAUACACCAGAAGCGCUAAGAAAUGUAAAGAGAAGUUUGAGAACACUCAGAAGUACAAUAAGAGAACCAAAGAAGGAAGAACCUACAGACCCAAUGGCAAGAAUUACAAGUUCUUUUCCCAGUUAGAAGCUCUAGAUAACACCCCGCCGUCAUCAAUGGCUACUCCACUCCCUAGUACGAUUCAAGCUAGUCACAGUCCCGCCAUAGAUGCAAUCCCGUGUUCAGUGAGAAUCAUGAGGCAGAGAAGGAGCAAGACCGGUCUCGAGUCGUGA